GCGCCGCAUCCGCUCGCUUCGCUCGCACGGGGAAAUGGCCGCCACAUGCUUCUGGACGCCGCGGGGUGUGCGCGCAGGCGCAGGCGACCUUCUGUGCCAAUGCGCCGCCAUCCAGGUGCCCGGAAGCCGGGGCCCGGCUCGGCUCGCCUGGUCCGCCUUCCUUGAGAGGCGGCCAAGAGCGCACGGCUUCAUCUUCGUGGGUGACAAGUCUGAUCCUGACGUCGGGGAAGCGGAGGAGGCCGAAGGCAAGGCUGCGGAGGUAUCGCGGGAGAAGCAGGAAGACGAGGAGUUCUCCCUGGACGAGUUCCCGAAGACCUGCCGCAUGGAGCUGAAAGAGGGUGAGCCAAGGGCCUGCGAAGCGCAGACGGUGGAGGAAUGCAUGGACAAGUGCCGGCUCGAGUACGUGCUGCCGCGGCCGAAUGUGAAGACGCCCCUCGCGGUGGAGGAUCGGAAAGUGUGCUACAAUGCCUGUGUGGACCACUGUGUCAUCGGCAGGACCCAGGAGGGCGUUGCCCGGCCGCAGUGUCCCUUGGUGAACGGCUACAGUGAGCGGUACACCGUUUGGGAGAGCUACGAGCAGUUGGAUCCGGGCAAGGAAGUUGCCAAGUCGGAAGAAGUCGAGCCAAAGGUGUCGAUCGCCGACAUGCACAGCAAGAUCUUAGCGCAGCACAAGCUGGCAUUCGGCCAGAAGUUUUAGAGGCAGAAUGUGGACAAAAAAAUGCAAGACACCCAGUGCCUGUUUGGCCACUUUGCUUCCGAGUUGGGCUUAAGAGCGAGUGACCCAGAAAGAGCCCGAGGAGGCUCACUCCGCCGACAUUGGCCUCUCCCUUUGUUUCCUUUUGCCUCUCUCGUUUUCCUUCCCCUUUGUUCCCUCCUCCUCGCUUCCCUCUCUCUCCCUUCUCUCUCUCUCUAUCUUGCAUUUCCUGGUUGCGUUGCAGCGUCAUCUUCUUGCAUUUCCCGUUUGCGUUGCAUCGUCAUUCAUUUCCCCUUGCUCUGCAUUUCCUUUUCACGUCUCGUCAU